AACUUAAACAUAAAACAUUUACUCGGUACAAUAGCAUUUACAUUUACAAGUAAUUGUAAGUAAUAAAAGCAUUGUUGCUUAAUAAACAAAGGGCUUCCCUCUAUGAAGGCAAGAACUUUUGUGAUUACCGUAAUUGCUAAAUCAGCUGCGCAGAACCUGCUACAUUCAGUUCGCAAACGAAGAAAGAGGAAUAGCUUCGGAACUUAAGACAUGUAGCUGUUUUUUUAUUAUUAUUUCAGCAGUCAGGGGCCAUGUCGGAUAAUCGUCUCUAGAUUGCUGAAACACAUUCUAACAACAGUUGAGCAGAGAGAUGAGCCUUUUCCUGUAUGUGAUGACAGCACUGCAGCUAGCGUUGUGGCUAACAGCUACUCGUUAACAGCUGACUUCUUUCAGCUGCUACUGAUUAUAGCUUCAAAAGCCCAGCAUAAAUGUGACGACGUGUUGUGUGAGCAGUUAGCAAUGGUGCAAGGACGAAGGGGGAGCGUCAUCAAAGCAGGACUGAAACAAAGGAGAAAAAAAGUUGUGAUCAUCUCGUAACUGCACCCUAUUAAAAUGAUGUGAUACCAUUGUGGACCAUUGUGACAAUUUUCUUCAAAGAAUUGGAUAUCGUCUGGAAAAAAAAGAUGGACAACAACCUUCAUACUUACUGCUCUCAAUUUGCCAACAAUGAUGAUUUGGACAAGGAGGAGGAUAUUUGUAAGAAAGAGCCUAUCACAGAAUGGGACACAGCUAAAUACCCUGAUUUUGACUCUACUCCCUGCCAACACUGUGAGGAACACUUUGCCAACAAGCAGGCUUUGGGACAACACAUGCACAUCCAUGCAACAACCCAGAUCACUGAAGAGGAAAGUCUUCAGAAGGGUUUUGAGGAAGCAGGUAUACAGGACCUACAGUUUUGUAACAGCAUAGCAGCUGCAGGUCAUUUGGAAGAUGGGGUAAUGCUAGAUGUCUCGAGCAAUAUAUCCGAGAACCUCAGCUUCUACGUUGACGGAAAAAUAGUGUCUACGAGUACAGUGAACAGCUAUAAUGCAGCCGAAGAUCAUGCAGGUUCUUCUGCUGUUGUUGGACUUGAUGCAUUGAUUCUGGACCCAAAUCAAAUUGGCCAUGUUUUGAAUACAGAUUCGGUUCCAGGUAGUGACAUGCAAGGUCAAGCAUUGACUAAGAGAAGAACUGCAACACCACCACUUUUACCCCAAAUUAAAACUGAACUGGAGUCUGAGGUGGUGGUGUCUUCCUCAUCGACGUUUGUAUCAGCUUUUAUUGAGAGUCUUCUUCCUCUUAACACAGAGUCCACUGUUGUGCAGGAGAGAACGGUGUUUCUGUCUCCUAAACUGAAGCAGCUUCUGGAGAAGCAGGAUGGCCUUAAACCCACACUUGCUCUGGUCACGGAUGGUCAGGCGUCCUGUUCACCCAUGUCUCUUGCUGUCCUACCUGGUUCAGGAAAGUUCAAAAGAAGGACUGGCUCCCCCACAGGUUCUCCACAGCAGAACCCACAAUCAGAUGAAAUGCCAACGUCAGAUACAGGACAUGUUGCUGCUGUAAGUCCAGGUCAUGAAGAUACUCCUCAUAGUUCACUUGUGCAUCCCAUAGUAAGUAAAAAGGAAGAGACAACAUCACCUGUAGGGGAGCCAAUAUUAAAACCAGUCUCAACUGAGAUUUGGCCACCGUUGACUGGUGGUGAUUCCUGUAACCAGCAACCACUGGAUCUUUCUAAUACACCCAGGAGAAACGAUCACCUGGCUUCAGCUGACGAUGUGCUGGAUUUGAGUUUGCAAAAAAAGAGCAAUGACAAAUCUGAGCUGACAACAAAUAUAGUUCCACAGACAGGAACUAUGAAGGAAGAUGCAUCAAAUACUUGUGUGCCAGACAGACCUUUGCAGAAUAUUGACGAACCAAAUCUCAGAACAUCCAACCACACAGAUUUCACUGUCAUCACAGGACCAGACAUGAUCACCCCAGUUGAACCAGUUUCAGAUGGUCUAGUUUAUGGACUCACACUUCCUCCUGAUUCUUUAAACUCUUCGGCUGCUUCACUGACUCCUGUUACCCUGCAGUCAGCCUCCCCAUGCACAAUAGCAUUCACGUCCUCAGCUCCACACACCAUCCUCCCCCCUGCUCCUUCAUUAAUUACAGUUUUGGCAUCGCCACCACCUAUAACUGAUGCUACAGGCCAACCGAUCCAGAUGCUGGCCCCCAAUAUACCACCUGAACCUUUGGUCAUUUGCACAGACAAUGCACUGAAUUCGUCAGAGUGUGAUUUAGCAAAUGCAUUUGCAGCUACAAAUGCAUCCAACCUCGUCACACUCUCCCACUCCCUGGACCCUGCUUUAAAUUUACCCGGCCAUGUAUUUCUUACAGAUCCAAUGGCUCUCAAUCCACCUCUAGUUGACUCUGGUCCUGUGUCAGAAGUACCAUUUACACCUGUUAGCUUGGGUGAACCUCUCAUCAAAUCCUAUAACAUUACUAGCAACACAGUGUUGAUAGAAUGUACAAUAGCUCUUGAAACCCCAGGUGCUGUUGUGCCCGCUACACCUGCCCUAGAGGAACCCACUAAUGAAUCUCCAUUACCUGCACAGGUGGUUGUUAAUCAUAUUGAACAGCAACAGAUUGUAUCUGUACCUGAUGCUCAAACUGCAGACCCCACUAUUCUUGUGUCCUCAAUCGCAGAAUCCAUGACUUUGUCCACCACCACCACGUCAGCAGUAUCCAAUUGUCCACCAGUGGCAGAAUCAAGUCCUGACCCAGAACCAGUUGAAAGAACAGAGCCAACCAGUGUAAAAGAACAGGAAGCUCUGGCUGAAGUUGUUUCCUUGCCCGAAAUACCAAACGAAACCACAGCUGUCUGUGAGAAGACUGAAGAGGACGCAAACAAUGCACCAAGUGAGGAAGAACAGCAGACUUUCACAAAGAACUUCAUCUGCAACGUGUGCGAUAAAGUUUUCCAUUCGAUGAAAGAACUCGGCCAUCACGUCGGUGACCAUGCUGUUGAAUGGCCCUACAAAUGUGAGUUCUGUGUGCUGAUCUUUGACAAGCCCUCCACUCUGCUCGAGCAUCGUUCAGUCCUGCAUGGGGUUGGCAAGAUGUACAUUUGCAGCGUGUGUACAAAAGAAUUUCUCUACCUCUGCAAUCUGAAACACCAUCAGGAGGAAUUGCAUCCUGGUCAGCAGUGUUCAUACACAGAAGAAGAAAAGGGUAAACUCAGACCGCAGAACUACAACAAUGCAACAAAAGUUCCUGCAGAGACUGCAGUGCCGACUGUUCCAGAGGAGGACAAGAAGGAGGUAAAAAAGGAGGAAAGUGAAGUGGACGUAGCUGGUGAAGAGCUUUUCACCACAAUAAAAUUAAUGGCUUCAGAUACAGGCAAUAUCAAAGGACCUGACAUUCGUCUUGGCAUUAACCAGCACUAUCCCAGCUUCAAACCACCUCCAUUUCCCUACCAUAACAAAUCACAAUCAGGAUCACUGGCUUCAGCCACUAACUUUACCACUCACAACAUCCCACAAACUUUUAGUACGGCAAUCAGAUGCACAAAGUGUGGAAAGAGCUUUGAUAAUAUGCCAGAACUACACAAGCAUAUUCUGGCAUGUGCGAAUGCCAGUGAUAAAAAACGUUACACACCCAAGAAGAAUCCCAUACCGCUAAAGCACUUUGCAAAAGCACAGAACGGAGUGCUGUUGACUACAAAUUCUGCUAAUGGACUUAAUGCUUCAAAUAGAGCAAGCCAAUCACACUUGACCAAACCAAAUCAGAGCACGUCAGUGAAAAUGAAGUUUAAAGUACUGAAAAAAAGAAAGAAAAGAUUGGUUCAAAGGGUUAUGCCACAGAGGAACAAGUCAGUCAGUUCUUCAUCAGCAGAGAUGGAGGAACAGUCAGAGAUGUUUGUCUGUCCUCACUGUAGAAGGGAGUUCACAAUGCGUCGUAGUAGAACCAAACACAUGGCCGUUUGUCCCAAAAAACCUAAAGAGGCCAAGAAAAGGAAAGACAGUGGAAUCUCUGUGACGAAGGAAAAUGAUGGACGCCUUCACAGAGGCAUGACUCAACCUGAGGACAAACGACAGCAGGGGUCACCUCAGCACAAAACCAGAUUCCAAACUUCAAGCCUAGGUAAGAGGCAUGCCGUUAUACCUGUUCAGACAGUCUUCUCUGACAAAAGAAGUAAAAUAGUCAUAAAGGAGAGCAGUCAGCCAAAGGAAGAGUCAACAACUCUGAACGAUCUUCCUAUCGUUCGCACCUUCAACCCCUCUAUGCGUCAGUACACCAGAGUGCACCACAAUGUCAAAGGAGUUCCAAUCAAAAUUACCAUAGUAAAGCCACAGCAGACUGUACUACAGCAGGAAGAGUCACUUACCACCGCGAGUCGAGAAGACAAAACUGGAGAUGAACCCAGAAACUCGGAGCAGAGUGCUGCAACUUGAACAGCUGUCAGCAGGAUCCUUUUCUGCAGGCAAACUCCAAACUGUCAUCCAAAAGAAGACGUCACAUCACACUGUAAACAAUGACAUUAUUCUUUUGCUAUACAAUGAAUAGACAAACAAUAGCUAACUGCAUUGACAACAAACAAUACACAUGUCCAGAUCAACUGCUUUGAUAGGGUACUUAAGCAUUGCAAGUUGGUUUUUUUAAGAGCUUGGUGUUUUUUGUUUUUUUUCUUUGGUUUGGUAAACUUUGUGUCAACAGGUUGGAUCUGCACUUUAAGCUUAAUCUGACUGCUACCUGUCUCACGUGAGUGUCAUACAGAGGACAGUAGUUGGCAAUCGUUGUCAGCAUGCAUUUGCACUUUUUCCAUUCAUCUGUUAUCUGCUGUGGCCUUUUGUUUUAAACUCCUACUGCAUGCUGUUAGCUCGUACGACAGCUUCAUGGAUUUAGAAUCAGUCAUGUAAAAUUACGGUCCUUGGCCCUAAAACAGUGAAUCUGGUGUUGGAUUGUCAAUGUAGCUGAGGAACUUGGGUUAGUUCUUCUGUGGCUAGGAAGAAUAAAUAUUUCAAAACAGCUAGAGACACAGCUGUGUACAGUAACAUGGCUGCAAGCCAAAGUCAUAAGAUGUAAAUGAUCCAAAAUGUUCCAACAGAGGUCAGUGUGUUUGUUAUGGUGAUCUAAUAUCUGCUUAGAAUUUUUUUUUCCAGUGGAAGGAAUUUAAAAGAUUGAAUUUAUUAAUGUGCCAUUAAAAUAUGAUUGUAUAAGAAGUAAUAUGUGGCAUAAGAGUAAGUAUCCACAGUAGGUUGUAUUCACUCAAGAAGAAAGUUAUAUUUCAUUUAAAUACAUCUCCUCUUAUAUGUCUAUGGGAGCAGUUCAACAUUACGAUUACUUUCAAGCACUUGAAAUUAACUCUUGGGAAAUAACUAGAAAAAUCUCAGACAAUAGGAAUAAUAGCAUCUACACAAACAGUCUAUGGUUGUACAUUAUAGAAGAGUUACAUUCUAUAAAGCACUGACACAGCAAACACCACUGUUAAGUUUGCUUUCUGUUUUGUUUUUUCUCAUUCAUCAUGUCUCUGUCAAAACAUGGUUUUCCAUCACUGGUGUAGUAGGGUCUGUCAACAUGAUUGACAUACAAUGCACUCAUGCACUUCCUGAUUUACAUAUUGUAUACAUAAUCUGAGCUGUCCGCAGUUUGUCAACAAUGUAUACUGAAUCUUGAAAUGUAUGAAUUGACAAUUAUUUAAGAUCUAUUAUGGGAUCUCCCUCCCCCCAAAACCUUACUGAACCGUUUGUGGCAGGAGAUCGAUACUCACAAAGGAGGAAUAAUGGAUUGUAUCUCUGUAGGGGUUUGAUGUAGCUGCUGUCCUGACGAUAUAUGUGUUGCUAUACAGGGUAGUAAUUUUGUUAUGACUGAACCGAGAUGUCUCGAUUUGGAUAAACUUGAACGUAUAAAGGUAAAUUUAUUUGCUCUUCAUGCCUUUUGGACUGAUCACUGGUGAGCUGGUACAACUGUGUUGGACGUAGAGGGCGCUAUAUGCCAGACUGUGAUAUAACUGUGAAAAGUGCUUGAAACAUUUCAGAAGUGUAAAAUGAGUGAUGUAUAUUUAUUGUUAAUUUAAAAAUCACCUUAUCAAUCUGUUGAAUGGUUUCUGUCAGAUUUGCACUAAUGUAGUUUUUCUUUUUCAAAGGAGUGUUGAAAAUAAACAAAGAAUGACAUGGUUGUA